CAUAGAAUCCAUAAUGAAUUUUGAAGAAUUGAUGAAUCCAUUGAAUGGAAAUUUAAUGUUGUAAAGAGUCUUACUGUUCAAUAUGCUAUAUUAACAAUAAUAAAUUUAAUCCAGUACAAAAUAUCAAUAGUCUAUUAGUGAUUUCUUAAGAGCAUUGUGUUCCGAGAGUGGAUUUGAGAGAAGAAAAUACUAAAACCUAGGAUGAUUCAAAUUGCAAUGGAAACAUACAGUAAUAGGAUUAGCUCACAAAAAAUAUAAAAUAAUCUCUUGUUGGAGCAUACACAGAUUAACCUUUAAGAGUAAAUAGUCAUUUAGAAGAUGAUGAUAGUUCAAGUAGAGUAAAUGGUAUAAAUUUAUUUGAUAAUUUCAUAGGUCAUUGGAGUAAGUCAGAGCAUCAAUUGUAUCUUAAAUUUGUCAAUGAACAUGAAGAUAUUUUGAGGUCUAAAUAUGAUAAGAAAUCAAAAAAAAUCUUUAAAAUGAUGAGUUAAUACAUUAUUACAAGAACAGCCACUUAAUGUAGAUCACAUCAUUAAAAGUUUAAUCCACUUUAAAAAAGUAAGAGAAAAGGAAAAAGCUUUGUACGACCCAUCCCAUCUGUUAUUAUUUAAGAAAAUUGAUUUAUAGCUGUU